CUUCCACUUCCGACAGCUUGCACACUUCCUCUUUGCUGUAAACCAGUCGAGUCGAAUAGACGCAUUUUUCAUUUGCUGCCCGCGUUUCGUGUCGAAUCGACUUAAAAUUUUGCAAAAAUGCGUUACGUAGCGGCAUACCUGCUGGCGGUGCUGGGCGGUAACGAGUCGCCGUCGAACGCCGACAUCGAGAAGAUCCUGAGCUCGGUCGGUAUCGAAGCCGACUCGGCCCGCGUCACCAAGGUGGUGAGCGAACUGAAGGGCAAGUCGGUGGAGGAACUGAUUGCCUCGGGACGCGAGAAGCUGUCCUCGAUGCCCGCUGGUGGUGGUGCCGCGUCCGGUGCUCCGGCUGCCGCUGGUGGCGCUGCUGCUGCAGCUGCUCCGGCCGCCGAGAAGAAGGAAGAAAAGAAGGAGGAAUCCGAAUCCGAGGACGACGACAUGGGCUUCGGUCUUUUCGAAUAAAAGAACAAGCUGUCAUCCAGCUGGUUGUUGGGUGUUCCGGCAGAUGCUCUGGCCGCCAGCGUUCGAGGAGGGGAGAACAACCUUUGUUUUUUCUCGAUAAAAGUUUAUUUCAGUGUCACUUUUACUUCUUCGCUAUAUCAUGGAUCGAUAUAGGAAUCAACAGCCCCAUGUUCAUCAGUAUAACUACAUUAGUGUACUGAAAGAAUGCCUGUGCGUGUGUGUGUGUGUGUACAAAAUAGUGACCAAGAAAUAAAUUUUUAUUGUGAGAAAAUA